CUCUGUAUGGGGCGUGGGGGCUUCUUCUCAGCCUCUGCCAUCUAAUCCCCAGUCGGAUCGUGUGACCCGCCUGGCAUUCCCUGGGCCGGAAUCUGGCACCUCUGAGAGCGGCUACUAUAUUGGGGUAGCUGGGUAUCUCCUCCAACUCACUGCUUCCCGCCCCUUCCCUUCCUUUCCCCCUGACUUUUUCGGGCCGAAAGAGACGUCAUAGGAGCUCGGGGCCUCAGACUGGUCCUUGGGAUCUUCAGGCCCCAGAUCCGCCCGGGACUCGGCCACCAUUCCGUGCUGCAGGGACAAAAUGGCCCCGGAGGACGACACCGGAGGGGAGGCCCCCGGGGGCAGCUUCUGGGAGGCCGGGCACUACAGGCGGACGGUCCAGCGUGUGGAGGAUGGGCACCGGCUCUGUGGGGACCUGGUCAACUGCUUCCAGGAACGCGCCCGCAUCGAAAAGGCCUAUGCCCAACAGCUGGCUGACUGGGCUCGCAAGUGGAGAAGCGCCGUGGAGAAGGGCCCCCAGUAUGGCACGCUGGAGAAGGCCUGGCACGCCUUCCUCACGGCGGCCGAGCGGCUGAGCGCGCUGCACCUGGAAGUGCGGGAGCGGCUGCAGGGCGAGGACAGCGAGCGCGUGCGGGCCUGGCAGCGGGAGGCCUUCCACCGGCCUGUGCUGGGGGGCUUCCGGGAGACCCGGGCCGCCGAAGAUGGCUUCCGCAAAGCCCAGAAGCCCUGGGUCAAGCGGUUAAAGGAGGUGGAGGCCACGAAGAAGAGCUACCACUCGGCCCGGAAGGAGGAGAAGACGGCGCAGACGCGGGAGAGCCACGCCCGGGCCGACGCCGCCGUGUCCCAGGAGCAGCUGCGCAAGCUGCAGGAGCGCGUGGAACGCUGCUGCAAGGAGGCCGAGAAGGCGAAAGCCCAGUACGAGCAGACGCUGGCGGAGCUGCACCGUUACACGCCGCGCUACAUGGAGGACAUGGAGCAGGUGUUCGAGAACUGCCAGGCCGCCGAGCGCCAGCGCCUUCUCUUCUUCAAGGACAUGCUGCUCACCCUGCACCAGCACCUGGACCUCUCCACCAACGACAGGUUCAUCGCGCUGCACCGGGAUUUACACCAGGGCAUCGAGGCGGCCAGCGACCAGGAGGACCUGCGCUGGUGGCGGAGCACCCACGGGCCGGGCAUGGCCAUGAACUGGCCGCAGUUCGAGGAGUGGUCCCUGGACACACAGCGGACCAUCAGCCGCAAAGAGAAGAACAGCCGGAACCCGGAUGAGGUGACCCUAACCAGCAUCGUGCCCACGCGGGAUGGCACGGAGCCCCCUUCCCAGCCGGGGUCACCGGGGUCUCCUCGGAGCCAGCAGGAAGAGGAAUGGUCGGAUGAGGAAAGCCCUCGGAAGGGGACCGCUGGCGUGCGAGUGCGAGCGUUAUAUGACUAUUCGGGCCAGGAGGCUGAUGAGCUCAGCUUCCGAGCAGGCGAAGAGCUGCUGAAGAUGAGCGAAGAGGACGAGCAGGGCUGGUGCCAGGGCCAACUUCAGAGCGGGCGCGUCGGCCUCUACCCCGCCAACUACGUUGAGUGUGUGGCGGCCUGAUUCGCGCCGCCUCUGGGACCUCUCUCCACCCCCACCUCCCACUCCCACCUCUUCCAACCCUCUCCUCUUUUCGUCCCAGGGUCAGCGUUGGAGUGACCUUCCCACCGCGGCCAGCCCCGGUGGCGGGUCUCCAGAAGACCCUCUGUCACCCCCUUACUGCUCCCCUGCGGGGCUAGGGCCGUGCCACCUCUGCCCCGAUGACAGGGAGGGGAUUCUCGUCACGCCCUGGAAAACGCCCGGCCAAGGGAGAGACUGGUACGGGGAACGGCCGUCCCGGCUCCGGGGCAGGGAGGGUGGUUGGGUUUGAGGAGGCCCAUGGGCGAGUGUGCCCGUUCUGCCCCGCGGACCCGACCGGACCCACCGAUCCCCGCCCCCCCCCCCCCCCCCAAGGGCCGGCUUGGGGACUAACUCACUUGGCCUUCUCUGGGAGGUUGGGGAAGGGUGGUUCUCUCUCUGCAGGUCCCCUUUUAGGCACCACUUUGUCCUAAAUAUGCAUUAAACUUGUAAAGAAACUCA